AUGCUCAACAAGCUGCACGGCCAGCCCGACAGCUAUGAUCGCAAAUCACGAUACCGCUUCGGAAAGACACUGGGCGCCGGAACAUACGGUAUUGUCAGGGAGGCUGACUGUCCCGAGGGCAAGGUUGCCGUCAAGAUCAUCCUGAAGAAGAAUGUCCGCGGAAACGAGCAGAUGGUCUACGACGAGCUGGAGAUGCUGCAGCGCAUGAAGCACCCGCACAUUGUCAAGUUUCACGACUGGUUCGAGUCAAGGGACAAAUACUACAUUGUAACCCAAUUGGCAACUGGUGGAGAGCUCUUCGACCGCAUCUGUGAAAAGGGAAAGUUUACAGAAAAGGACGCUGCCGAGACGAUUCGACAGGUGCUUGAUGCAGUCAACUACCUUCACCAGAACAAUGUUGUACACAGAGAUCUCAAGCCAGAGAACCUCCUCUAUCUCACACGCGACGAAAACUCAUCCCUCGUACUUGCUGAUUUCGGUAUCGCCAAGAUGCUCGACUCCAAGACCGAAGUCCUAACCACCAUGGCUGGCUCAUUUGGAUACGCUGCUCCUGAGGUGAUGCUCAAGAAGGGCCACGGAAAGCCCGUCGACAUGUGGUCUAUGGGAGUCAUCACAUACACACUGCUCUGCGGAUACUCACCGUUCCGAUCGGAGAACCUUGCGGAUUUGAUUGAGGAAUGCAAGAAUGGCCGUGUCAUUUUCCACGAGCGCUACUGGAAGGAAGUCAGCCCGGAGGCCAAGGAGUUUAUCAAGAAUCUGCUAGAGCCCGACCCAUCCAAGCGACCGACGAGCGAAGCUGCCCUCAAGCACGUAUGGCUCAGUGGAAAAACUGCCACGGAUCACAACUUGGUGCCAGAGAUCAAGGCAUACGCGGCAAAGGCUCGUCUCAGGCGCGGUAUCGAAUUGGUCAAGCUUGCAAACCGCAUUGAAGCGCUCAAGAUGCAGGAAGACGAGGAGGAAGACGUGCCUGGCGAGGCUGACGUGCCUGCCAACGCGCGCGAGGCCGCAGGUGAGGCCAUUGCUGGACAUUCAGACGGCAAGAGCCUGGACACCAAGGAGACGCCGGGCACAGGCAAGGGACCUGGACGUCUGAGCAGAAUCGCAAAGGGAGCCAUCUUCAGAGAAGUUGUGCUUGCCAAAGUGCGCGAGAUGAAGGAGCAGGAGGCGCGGGCAGAGUUUGAGAAGAACGCAACAUCAGAAAAGGCAGCAAGCAAGUAA